AUACUUUUUCAAACGUCAAUAUAGGAAAAAAUUAAAAUGGCGUUUUAGUGAGUGAGCUUUGUUUUUCAUCAAAGAUUUAUUGCAUAUAUUUUAGAAGCCCUGAGAAUGAAUUCAAGACUAACUCCUGCUUGUGUAUUGACUGUUUUCGAGGCUGCAUCGUUGAAAAUAAAUCAUUUUAGCAAUGGCACUUUUCAAGAGAAUAUGGAUUGGAUCGAAGAGAUCCAAGCUGCUGCUAAAAAAGCCUUUGGAAGCACAUCCAUAACAUUGCUACCAAAAACACCAAGUAUGAAAAGAAAACGACCAAACAUUAAAAAAGCCAAUGAAUCUGAAAGUGUUAGUCCAGAUAAGCAUGCAUCAACAUUUGUUGAUGGAUGCAAAACAAAGAAACUUAAAAUUGAUAUGUCUGCCAUUGUUGAAAAUGGUGUGAUAGCUGAAGACAGUGUAUUAGAAGAAUCGAAUGCAAGUACUUUAAAAUACCCUCUUCGUUCUAAGCAUGCUAAGAAAAAGAAAACUUCAACACAGCCAAUUAAACGAUCGAAACGGCUCGCUGCAAAAAGUAGUAGUACUAGUUUUAUGGAAAGCCCAAUGGACCUUGAAUCCAAUUCAACACGGUUGUCACCUAAAAAAUCAAGAACAGUGGUGAUAGAGGACACACCUAGUCCAGGUGAAGAAACAAUGAUGUACAACAAAUCAGCGUUUGUUGCAUCACAAAAUACUAUAAUAUCCCCCACAUCGAAUACAGUAAUUUCUCCUGUACCACAUAAUGUACAGCCAAGGGUUGCAGCAAUUAUAGAACAGUUGAAAUUGACUGCACAAAAAAGUAACAAGAAAGAAAUUUCUCCUAAAAGUCCUCUUGAAGUUAUGGAUGAAAUUCGUAUGGAAUUAUUUGUAAAUGAAAGUGAAGAGAAGGCAUGUUUAUCACCUGACUCAAAGGUUAAACAAAGUUAUAGCGCUGAUCAGUCAUCAAGUAUGACUGCUGUCAAGAAGUGUUCAGUAAGUAUUGAGCCACUACCACCUGCCAUGGUACCAAAUGCAUCAGAUAAUAUAUACUCAUCUCCCAGUAUAGCACCUAGAAGCUUAACAGCAACACCCAUAGAGACUGUCUCUUCAACAUCUGUAGUUGUUUCUAAAAAUCAAAGUACUCCAAACAUUUCUGUAAAUGGACCUGGACAAAGUACGCCUGUAUCGACUUACAGUUCACCAAUGAUGAACACGCCAGUUGGUGGUAAAACAACAGAAGAAUUACUGAAAAAUAAGAACUUUUCUAAUACAUUUGGGGCAGGCGUAAUUUUGGAGCCAGAAAAGUCUGAAAAACUAUUUACCAAAGUACAAUCCAAAACUUCUGAUCAGGACUCUGGGGUGUCGUCAUCAGAUGAACAAGCCCAACCAGGUACAGGUGUUUCUACAAAUGCAUCUGAUGACUUCAAAAUGUCAAAAGAACGCAGAGAGACCUACAAAGUGACAGUAACUGAAAAAGAAUUACCUCAAAAAUCCACCCCACAGAGGAUAGAAAGUAAUGUCAUUGCAGCGAAAGCAGAUGAUGUCAACACAGAAUCCAAGUAUAAUACUGUUGAAGAACAUACGAGAGUUGAUCUAGUUGAAAGAGACAAAGGCAUUGAAGCACAAGAAAUACAUAAAGGCCCAAGAAUAAUUAAACCGAUGAAAGGCGGAAAUAUUGUUGCUGGGAUAAAAUCAUUUAUAAAACGUCAGGAUACGCCCAAGAAAGAAACUGAAGAGGAAAAGCAGAUGAAAAAAGCUGCAGAGCUUGAAAGAAAAGAACUUCUACGUCAGAAAGUAAUGGAGGAGGCGCAUUUAAAGAAGCAAAAAAUGUUGGAUCAAAGAAAACGGCAACGUGAGGAACGUGAGAAAAGGUUUGCAGAACAACAAGCUAGAAGACAACAAGAGGAAGAACGCAAAAGGCAGCAGUUAGAAAUUAAGGCUCGGCAAAUGUCUAAAAAGCGCGAGGAGAUCACAAAACAAAGAGAAAUUGAAGAAAAAAGAAAACGCGAGAUCCGCGAAGCUAAAAGAGCCGAUGCAGAUGCUCGCAGAAUGAAAGAUGAGGAGGGUCAGAAACGUAGAGUUCUCGAACAAGUAGAAGAAGAAAGAAGAAGACAAGAGUUGUUGCAACGCAAAGCCGAGUAUGAAGACCAAGAAAGACUAAGGAGAAAACUCGAGCAUGAAAAAGCCGAAAAGGAGCGAUUAAAACAUGUCGAAGAAGACAGAAUUCUUUAUGAAGAAAGAAAAAAGAGAGAAUUCGCAGAAAAAGAACUCCAUCGACUUGAAGUUGAGCGUAAAUUAAAAGAGGAUAGGGAAAAAGAAAGGCUGGAGAAACAAAAGCGCGAGGAAAGGUUAAAACAAGCUGAAAGUGAGAUAGAAGCAGCAAGAAAAUUAGAGCAAGAACGCGAGCGUGCGAAAGACAAAUUACGAGAAGAAAUCAAAAAGCAAAUACAUCAGGAUAAACAGGUCAAAGGUGGUCAAUUUAAUGGUAAAGUACUGGUGAACGCUCAGAAUGCGUUAAGAAGUUCACCAAGGGCAGCGCUUAAAAACAACUUUAAGCCCCCUAGUGUUAACGCUCUUUCUGUGAAAUCGCCAGCAGCUUACAAUGUUAAAAAAGCUUUGUCGUCGUACAAUCCACCCUGCGUUCCUCUGAUGAUUCGAGAGUCUACUUAUACCUCCUAUGGCAUCGACGAUUUGUCGAGCGACGAUUCAACGGAUGACGAAUGUGAACCUUCGAAGAGGAUACCUUCAUGGGCACAAGGAAUGAAUUUAAAAACUCAGCUAAUGCAGCAAUUUUACACAAACAUUGAUCCAGACUUGAUAUUUAUAAAUUGUAUGGAACCGUGUCGCCUUGAUAAAAUAUUUCAGAAAAAAAAGGAGAGAUACUUUAAAAGAACUAGUUCCGCGCAUUGGACGUCACCAAUUUUAAAAAAUAGUAGUUAUCAGGUGAAAUAGACGGGACAUUUACUCGAUUUUAACAUUAUUGUAUAUAGGACGUUUUAUACCGCACAGCUCCAUUGCAUUAACUGGAUAUUUUUUUAGAAAGUCGCGGAAAACAAUAAAGCCAGAUAGAUCAGAUUUAAUGUGUGAACUUUCUAACGUACCAUGUAUCUGUUCAUUCUCUACUUUCAUUUAAUCGUGUCUGUUGUGUGUUACAGUGCGCUUUUUUUGUCAGUAAGCAGGUAAUAAGUAGAAUUGCUGAUCAAUUUAAUCAACCUUGUUACCAGGACCUUUAAUCAAUUUUUUUUGUGUCGGAGACAGGUGGAAGAAGUGAUUCUAAGUUAAACUAGUUAAAAUUUGCACAAUAUUACCUUUUUUUAAAAUUUAUUCAAAUGUUAGUCGUUUUGUUCGCGCUGUCUUCGACAUCAAAAAAGUUCCUGGGAACGAGGCUGUUGAUUUAAUGUAUUUUUUGUUAGAACGUGGAACAUCUGUAUAUAAUCAUUGUGUUCUUUUAUUGUAACUAUAGCAAGAUUAUACAAUAACAGUCUUGCCA